AUGAAGGAGUUUAAUAACGUGAUGAAUGUGAGUGUUACCGGGUCUUAUUACACGGUAUUGGCGUUCUUGCCUCUGCUAGAAGCGGCGAAUAGGAGGCGUCCUGCGCCGCAGCAGGAUUUCCUGGCUGUCCCGAGUGCGCAGGUUAUAAUCACUAGCUCGAUUGCUGGGUUUUUGCGCAAGGUGCCAUUUAGCUUUGCGUACAACUCUUCCAAGGCCGCCACGACACAUCUGAUCAAGUUGCUUUCCACUUCGUUUGCUUAUUACGGUAUUCGGGUUAACGGUAUCGCGCCUGGUCUUUACUACUCGGAUAUGGCCAAUCAUAUCUUCCAGGCUUCUGGCUUUCAGGGUCGGGCUAUUUCUGAUGGGUCGUUUCCGAAGGAGAUGAUUCCUGCUACCCGCGGUGGUGGUGAGGAGGACAUUGCAGGGUUGAUUCUUUGGCUGGCUAGUGACUCAGGUGGUUAUAUCAAUGGUUCUGUCUUGGUCACUGAUGGUGGUCGGAAUUCUGUUUCGCCUGCUGUCUACUGA